AUGGUUAAACUACUGCCGCUAGGAUUCUGUAUAGCGACUUGUAUAUUUGGGGCUUUAGUAGCGAGUUCUCCGGUAACUUUUGAGCUACUAACGGGCGAACAGGAGUGUUUGUACGUUGAGACGCUUGAAAACAGUGUCAUAUCCUACUACUUCGCAGUACAGCACAGCUGGAGCGGUAUAUCAGAGAUUUACUAUGAUAUUUAUGGUCCUGGGAUCGAUGAGAAUCCUAUAUUUGCAAGUUCGCGCGAAACGCAGGGCGAGUGGUCAUUUGUAGCACGCUCAGCAGGCGAAUACCGAUUUUGUUUUAGGGCUUCUGAGUCUUCCUGCAUGGUGGACGUGGAGAUUUUAGUCAAUUCUGACAAUAGUCUGAGCAAACCGAACAAUGCAUUUCGGCCAUCUUCUCCUGUCGAGUUUGAAGAUCCGUUGCAAGACACAUGGGAACGGUCACUGGAGCUCAUCGAAAGACAGCUAAAAGUGCUCGAGACAAACAUGGACAGGUACAAGACACGGACGAUGCGAAAUUCGGCUACGGUUCUAUCAAUUGCAUCGCGGGCUAAUAUGCUAGCCGUCUGUGGAAGUUUGGUCAUCAUGGGUGUCAUUUACUGUCAGACCAAAUUGCUGAAAAGACUUCGAAAGAGCAUACGCAGCAGCAAUAGAAAAAGAUAA